GGUAAUAACGGAAAUUAGACUUACAAAAUGGCGACAGGCACGACAACUUCACAGGACCAACAAGAAGAAGAUGCUUCUGAGCUACAGUUUCCGAAAGAGUUUGAAAAUGCAGAGACAUUGCUUGUGUCUGAAGUUCAGAUGCUGCUAGAACACAGAAAAACUCAAAAUGAGAGUGCUGAGGAAGAGCAAGAAUUAUCUGAAGUGUUCAUGAAAACAUUACAAUACACACAGAGAUUUUCAAAGUUCAAAAACAGAGAAACAAUAGCGGCUGUGAGAAGCUUGCUCAUGCAGAAGAAAUUACACAAGUUUGAGCUGGCAGCGUUAGCCAAUCUCUGUCCAGAUAACGCAGAAGAAGCAAAGUCACUUAUUCCAAGUUUAGAGGGAAGAUUUGAAGAUGAAGAAUUGCAGCAGAUUUUGGAUGAUAUCCAUACCAAAAGAAGCUUCCAAUACUGAGAGCAUGGUUGCCAAGCAAUUACUCAAUGUGGGAGGAGCUACUGUAAUACUGGAAAUGAUUGACAUUGAUUCUGCGGAACAAAAGUUGUGUUGUGUAGAAGCUGAUUGGCUGAUGUUUUGAUUUUGUCCCAGAAACAGUGUAGUGCAAAUUCUUGUCUGCAGACCAUACAUUCAAUUUUUGAACUAUAAUUUUGGUAAAAAGAAGUUGUUCGAUGAUAUCAAUACAUUUGAGCCACGCCAUGAGAAAACCAACAUAGUGGCUUUGCAACCAGCAUGGAUCCAGACCAGCCUGCACAUCCGCGCAGUCUGGUCAGGAUCCAUGCUGUUCGCUUUCAAAGCCUAUUGCAAUUUGAGAAAUCGUUAGUUAACAGCAUUGAUCCUAACCAGACUGCGCGGAUGCGCAAGCUGGUCUGGAUCCAUGUUGGUCACAAAGCCACUAUGUUGGUUUUCUCAUGGCGCGGCUCAUUUGUAAAAGUUACAUUUUGUUAAGGAGACCAAGUUUACUUUUUUAAAAGUUUACAGUAUGUAUUUAUUCUAUGCUUUUCAGUGAAAUAGUAGACUAUAUCACUGAAAAAAUUACUCUUUUCACUAUUGCAAAGAAGAGAAAAAAAUAUUUUUAUUUUUUAGUGGUACACAACUGCAUAUAAAUGCAAGAGAAUAUGAAUUAAAAAUAAUAAGAAAUUGUUUCCAAAAUAUACUUCAGUAAUUCAUAAAAGAUAUACAGAAUUCUUUCAUGUAAUAGGCACCCAGGGUGUUCUCUACCAUGAAAAGCUGGAAUGUUCCGGUAUGACCUAAUAAUGUGUUGGUGUGACAUUAAACCCAACAAAAACAAACCAAAAAUGCAUACUUUUUGUUCACCCAGUUAUCUAAAGAGAUUGCAAAUCAUGGUUUAAAGUCAUACUAACAAAUGAUUAAUGUGGGGAAGUACAAGAAAAAAAUGCUUGCACCAUCAGUCAGCAUUAUGACAGGAACACACCAGCUGUGCUUGGCUUCUUUGAAAGUGUAAUAAUGAAAGGGAAGUAGCCAUUUUGGCAUUCAGCCACAAUAAAGAAUUUUAUAAUGAAACUGUAUUAUGUAAAUGAGUUAUGUCAUGACACAGCGAAAACAAGUUUAUAUACCACAUCUCUUCAGAUGAACACUCAAUGAAUGAAAAAAUAAGAAAAUUUUAGAAAUUUUUUCUCCUUUUUUUGCCCAAAAAAUAGCAGUACUGGAAUAUUUGACAGAUAGAUAAAGAGCUUUGAAGUUGGUAAGAGACAUGGUUAUGUGUCACGUACAUGUACUUAUCUUUUUCAUGGAAUAAUUUUGAUACAUUUCCAUACUUAUACGUUAUGCAGUCUCUCUCUUUGGGAAAAAUAUUCUUUAAUUAUUUUUGUUUUGGUAAUAAUUCAGUGAGCAAGGAGCUUUUAUUUGGAGGAAUAUGGUUUCUCCCUGUUUGUAUCAUACUGCAUAUGCAGUUAUUAUCUUGAUUAUAAAUAAUAAGGUAUUUUGAUCUCAAAUGAUAGCACGUUGUAAUCGGUACUAUUUUCAUCUAUACAUAUAUAUGUCAUCAUCAUUUCUUGCAAUUUUAUAUGAUUAUUGAUUAAUAUUUCUUGAAGAAAAAAAUCUGCAAGGAAUAAAUAUAGUUACUGAAAACUUUGUUUCUAUUUUUGUUUUAAGUUCAGAUGGGCUAAAAAGUAUCUCGUACCUUAAUAUUUGUCUUAGAUAAACAUCAUGUGUCAGA